AUGAGUCCAAUGACGUCUUUGAUGAGUUCAAGUAUGAGGCACUUCGGUGAGAAGCCAAGAAGAAGGGACAAAACAGCAUGCUCGGCAUGGAUGCCCUGCAGCACCUAUUUCGAGCUCGUAAUCCCAUUGUAUUACAGGAUGGGAAAGAAGCUACGCAGGAUUGUGCAGACCAUUGAGAUACUGGUCACCGAGAUGAAUGCAUUUGGUUUCAGACACCUGCAGCAAGCACCACCAUCAAGGCAGUGGCGAGAGACAGAUCAUGUAAUUGAUGACUCCGACAAGGAUAUUGUUAGCAGAUCUAGAGACCAGGAGAGGAAGGAAAUCAUGAGGAAACUACUUGAUGACGCUAGCAACAUGGAUCUCAUGGUUCUUCCUAUUGUCGGGCCAGGCGGGAUGGGCAAAACCACCUUUGUCCAACUCAUUUAUAAUGAGCCAGCAAUCGAAAAGCAUUUUGAGCUUCGGAGGUGGUGCUGUGUAUCAGAUGAUUUUUAUGUCAGUACCAUUGCAAGCAACAUCAGCCAGACCAAUGAGAAAAAUCGUGAAAAAGCAUUGAAGGAUCUCCAGAGUGUAAUAAGUGGAAAGAGGUACCUCAUUGUGUUAGAUGAUGUAUGGAAUCGGGAUGCUGAUAAGUGGGGAAAACUAAAGACCUGCCUUAAGCAGGGUGGCAAGGGCAGUGCAGUACUGACUACAACUCGUGAUUCAAAAGUGGCUGAAAUUAUGACCAUGGGUGUGGUUGAAGCCCAUAAUAUUGAAAAGCUGACUGAUGAGUAUUUGAGGGAAAUUAUCCAGAGUAGAGCAUUCAGCUUGCAAAAUCCAAAUAGUGAUGAGCUGGAAGGCAUUGUUGGUAGUAUAGUUGGCCGUUGUGCUGGUUCUCCUUUGGCUGCCAAAGCCUUUGGCUCUAUGAUGGGCACUAAGACUAGUACGAACGAAUGGAAGGAUAUAUUGGCCAAAAGUAACAUUUCUAAUGAGAGGACUGGAAUUUUACCGAUACUCAAGCUCAGUUUUGAUGAACUACCAUCACAUAUGAAGCAGUGCUUUGCAUUUUGUGCUAUAUUUCCCAAAGAUUACGAGAUCAAUGUAGAUCUCUUGAUUCAGCUGUGGAUGUCACAUGACUUUAUACCUGUGCAAGAUGACGCCCAACCAGAAACUGUAGCAGCACAAAUUUUCAAGGAGCUUACUUGGAGGUCAUUCUUUCAAGAUGUCAAGCAAACUCUUCCAAUUAAUCACAUCUUCGGGACAAGGUUGUCUCUUCGUAAGCGAACCAUAUGCAAGAUACAUGAUCUUAUGCACGACGUUGCUCUAUCUGUUAUGGGGAAAGAAUGUGUCACUAUAGUAGAUAAGCCAAGCAUUAAGAAGUUAUUUCCAAAUCCUGCUCGCCAUGUCUUCUUGUCAGAAUAUGCCACAGAGGUACUUGGGUCGAACAGACAUCAUGAUUUAUCUCUGUUGGAUGAAUUUUUGAAGAAACAAUCUCCAAUGCUCCAGACUUUGUUUUUUGAAGAUUAUGAUUACUUGGAUAUAUCAAACUACACUUCACUGCGAGCACUACACCUUCCUGCAAAUGUAUACCUUCCAGGGCAGAUACACCUUCCAGGAAAGAUACAGCAUCUAAGGUAUCUUAAUCUGUCAGGAAAUCGGGAGCUGAAGAAACUCCCUGAAGAUUUAAGCAUUAUGUAUAAUCUACAGACACUGAACGUUUCUCAUUGCCAAAACUUUGUCAGCUUCCAAAGAGUCACUUCUCUACAGACUCUAUCAUAUUUUGGUGUCAGUGCUAGGCCAGGCUGCAGUACUAUUGGAGAACUUCGAAAUUUAAACCUUGGUGGAGAGUUAGAGUUAAGUGGUUUGGAAAAUGUAACAGAAGCACUUGCAAAAGGAGCCAGUCUUGGAAAUAAAGAGAAACUCACACACUUAUCUUUCAAGUGGAAUGAUGAUGCCCCUGAAAAACCAGAUUGUCAUAAGAAGGUGUUAGAUGCCCUUAAACCUCAUGUCGGUCUACAGAUGCUAAUGAUAGUUAACUAUAAGGGCACCGGUUUACCAUCAUGGAUAAUCAAUCAUAGUCUGUUGCAACACUUGACUGAGCUUCAGCUGCUUGGUUUUAUGUUGUGUGAGGAAUUUCCUGAAUUUUGUCAUUUCAAAUCUCUUCAAGUUCUUUACUUGGAGAAGUUAUACAAAUUGCAAAGCUUGGCAUCCACAGCAUUUCCAAAACUGAAGGAACUCCAGUUACAUGACAUGAAGAGCUUGGAGAGAUGGGUGGCAACAGAAGGAAAGGAAGAUGAACUAACCUUUCCUGUACUUGAGGAGGUUGAUAUUAAAAACUGUCCGAAGUUGACUAGUUUCCCUGAAGCACCAAAGCUAAAGGUCUUAAAGUUGGAUGAAGACAAGGCGCUGCUCUCCUUAGCAAUAAUGAAACCGAGGCAUGUGUCCUCACUGUCCAAGCUACAACUGUCUAUCCAGGACACAGAAGCAAAACCACCUCAGAUAGAUCAGAACCAUGUGUCAUCUCUGUCAGCACUCGGGUUGCAGGGCUGCAACCUUUUCUUUUCAAGUCCAUCACAGCCAACAUUUGGGGUUUGGAAAUGGUUUGUACAACUUGUGGAUCUGGUGAUUCAAAACUGCGAUGUGCUAAUGUACUGGCCAGAAAAAGUGUUUGAAUGCUUCGUAUCCUUGAAGGAGUUGGAGAUUUGUGACUGUAACAAAUUAAUAGGGUCCACACAGGUGAAAGGUGGUGCACAUACAGAAACAGUGGGCCAAGUCCUGCCACAGCUAAACAGCAUAACCAUAUGGGAUUGUGAAAGCUUGACAGAGGUCUUCAUUCUUCCCCCACCUCUCAGAAUGAUUUUUAUUCUCCGAUGCCCGUGA